GAGUGUAGAGCAUAUCAGUAGUAGCGAGUGAGCCGAGUGAUAGCAGCGCAGCACAACACAGUACGUAUACGUACAGAACAACUCGACUUGUACUUACCUUACUCACGUUGAGUUGUGUGCAAGUGUGCAAGUGUGCGCGCGUGCGCUCGUGUCAACUUAUGGUAUCUGUUGCGUAGUUUUUAUAUUUUAUUAUAGUAAAAUAGUAAAUCGUAGUAACUGCGACUACUGUGUGCUGUGUAGUUUGGUGUUGGCUGUUGUGCUAGUGCCAGUGCUAUUCUCUUCUGCGCUGUUCAGUGUUAUCUUUACGAUUACCGUGCGGUUUUUUUUGUACUCGUACUCGUACACUUGUUUCGCGGUUUCGGCGUUGGCGUUAUUUUACGAAUACGAAAGUUUCGUCGAUUUUGAAUUUUACCAAUCGACCCUUACCUAAUACGUAAUUUACUUACCUAUACAUAUACCUUGAUUUGUAUAAAUUUUCAAUUCGCAAUUUGUGUUUGUGCGGUUCCGUGCUCCGGUGCUCGUAUUGUUUUAAUUAUUACGUUAGCCGAGUAACUAAUUAGUUGAAAUUUUUGUGUGUGGCUUUUUUUUUUAUAAGUUCAAAGUUGUAUGUGUAAACACGUUGUUAUUGUGGUAGUCACGCCUUGGUUUAUUUCGUCGUGAAUACUGUACACAGUGUACAUACAAGGCAGCUAAACUUUCGACUUUCCUGAUUGAUCGACUCGGAUAUGCGGUGCUGAAGAUUUGGCAACCAUGGAUAUCCCACUGAGCGAAGUAGAUUCGUCGUUCGAGCCUUUGCAGCGGGCUCGUUCGAACACAUGGCCGCUGCCGAGACCGGAAAAUUUCGAGGAGACUUCGAUGUCACCGACUGUCAACCCAGAUCUACCCGAAAAUCUACCCCUCGAUGGAAAAUGCAGCGUUAUACCGGAAUUGAUCAACACAUCGCCGAUCGGCGCGUCCUCGUUUCAUUGUAACCAGCUGAAAAAAGGCUCGAGUCGGCGAAACGCGUGGGGCAAUUUGUCGUACGCCGAUUUAAUUACUCAAGCCAUUACGUCCUCGCCGGAAAACAGAUUGACGUUGUCGCAGAUCUACGAGUGGAUGGUUCAUAACGUACCCUACUUCAAAGAUAAAGGCGAUAAUAAUAGUUCAGCUGGAUGGAAGAAUUCCAUUCGGCAUAAUUUAUCGUUGCAUAAUCGUUUCAUGCGCGUACAAAACGAAGGCACCGGCAAAUCGUCGUGGUGGAUGCUGAAUCCGGACGCCAAGCCGGGCAAGUCGACGCGUCGAAGAGCCACCUCGAUGGAAACGUCGAAAUUCGAAAAACGCCGAGGACGCGUUAAGAAGAAGGUGGAUGCUUUACGGAAUGGUCUCGCUGAGACUAACGUUAGUCCAAGUUCUUCAAUUUCUGAAACCGUUGAUCUCUUCCCUGACUCACCAUUGCUCGGUUUCCAAGCUAGCCCUGAUUUUCGUACGCGAGCGUCGUCAAACGCAUCAUCUUGCAGUCGACUAUCGCCGAUUCCGGCUGUUGAACCAGAAUGGACGAUGAACUUCAACAAUUACCUACCUACCGAUCAAUUAGCUGGAAACUUAGAACAAAGUAUGAAAAUAAAUAGCUCAGAUUCGUUUUUGUAUUCGACUUAUCAGCCGCAAGCGCAAACGCCGACGCCAGUGCAGCCGACGGCCGCAUUUUCGCGGAUACCUUUCGGCCAGCAAGUUACCACUUCGUCGAGUCAGAAUUGUUUGCUGCAUCAGGGGCAGCCUUGUAAUUGUCAGCUUUUGUCCGAUAUUAAACAGAGUUUAUCACCUAUUACAAGAUCUUCAAAUUCCAGCCCCGCUACCCAGUACUUAACAGGAAUGGAUCAAAGUUUAAAUUUACUCGACGAUUUAAACAUCAACAUCGAAGCGUUGCAUACCGAUUUCGAAUGCAAUGUCGACGAAGUGAUCAGGCACGAGUUGAGUAUAGGAGGCUCGUUAGAUUUCAAUUUCGGCGCCGCCAUCACCGGCCAGAAUCCGCCAACCACUCAGAAUACGUCGUCUGCGACCGCCAGCCACGGUCAGCCGACCUUUAACGGACAUUCGUGGGUUCAUUGAUCGUACCCUAAGUUUAGAAAAAUUGUUUUAGAAAAAAUGAGAGAAGACAGCCGGUUACUCAUCGAGAGCAUGGCGGGCCGGAGAAUCUUUUCAAGUGCCGUAAUAUAAAUUUGUUGUAUAAAUUUCUUUUUUUUUCUUUUUUUUUUUGAUUGUUAAAAAAUUAAUGUUAACUUACGAUUAAUUUAAUUGUUGAUUAAAUGGAAACAUUUAUUAAUAUAUUUUAUUUUGUGUGCUGCUCA